CCACAACCAUGCCUGGAAUUCAUGAUGCACUUAUGCAGAUUUGUCAAUUAAAGCCUGGCAAAAAUUUUACAUAUACAGAAAUUGCAAAAAUUCAUUGUGUUAAUCGCGUAACGUUGUCAAGGCACCACCGAGGUGUGCAGCAAUCCCAGGAAGAUGCCAACACAGAUCGCCGGUUACUCCACCCACAACAGGAGUUGUACCUUGUGAAGUAUAUCGAAGAGCUUACAGAUCGUCACCUACCUCUUACGCGUCAAAUGGUAGCAAAUUUUGCCUUUGCGCUUGCUCACAACAAGGUUUCCGAGAGCUGGAUUACUGACUUCCUUCACCGGCACUCUGAUCGAAUAUCAUCACAAUGGACCACAAGUAUGGAUGCACAGCGGCACGCUGCCGAUUCUCUCAAAAAGUACACCAAGUACUUUGAUAUUCUGCAGCAGAAGAUCACCCAUCCACGGCACACAUACAAUAUGGAUGAGAAAGGCUUUGCAAUUGGCCUGACAGGCAAGAGCAAGCGGAUCUUCUCUAAGCAAACAUGGCAACAAGGGAGGAGUAGAGAAUCACUCCAAGAUGGCAAUCGUGAGUGGGUAACAUUACUCGCAAGCGUGUGUGCGGAUGGGUCAACUUGUCACGAAGAUGCUAUGAGUAGGCCCUUUAGGACUCGCUGGGAGUCUAAAUCAAUUACUACGUAUGGUAUCUAA